CUGGCAACAGGAUAUUAUUUUUUUUUGAUUUUUUUAUUUCUUUAUGAUCUAUAAUCAAUGAAGAGUAUAUCUUUUACGUUUUUUAUAUAUUUAAGUUGCAUUUUGGUAGCCGCUCUAGAAAAUGCAAUAUCGUACAUAAAUGAACAAGACUUUCAAGUGAUAGAGUUAUUUGAAAAUGAAAAAUUAUUACUAUUGGAAAAGAUAAAAGGUUCUAAAGGCACUUGGAAUCGUAGAAUUAAUAAGGAUUCUAAUAUGAAUUACUUUGAAACUCAUCCGGGAGUUGAUUAUUUUAGAAAAGAUGAUUAUGAAAAUUUUUUUCCUGAAGGCUAUCCUCAAGAUAACCAAUGGGUUGAGGAAAUUUCCCAGAAAAGGGCGGUGAUGGCACAGCUGGUUAAGAGGCAAGCAGCAGGACAAGCAGCAGGAAAUGAUGAGAUUAAGGAGGAACAGGUUUUGGGUUUAAUUGUGAAGAAGGAAUAUGAAGAUGAUGCUAAUUGCAAGAAAAAGCUCGAAGAAUAUUGUGCUGAAUUGAAGAAAAUAGAUGGAAAAUUAGAGAAUGUGGAUGCCAAAGUUAAGGGACUUUGUGAAGAUGGAAAACAAGGAGAAAAAUGCAAAAGCCUGAAAGAACGGGUUAAAAAAGAAUUAGAUAGUUUUAAAACAGAAGUUGAAGAAGCAUUGAAUAACCUAACAGAUGGAAAGUGUAGAAAAUGUGAAGAAAAAUGUGUAUUAUUAGAAGAAGCAGAUCCAAGUAAUCUUAUAGAGAAGUGCGUUAGGUUGAGAGAUAGAUGUUAUGGACGGAGGCAUCAAGAAGUGACAAAAGAAAUUUUUUUUAGGGCUCUUGAAGGGAAGGUUGAUGAUACAAAUGAAUGUAAAAGAAAAAUGAAAGGAAUUUGUCAAAGAUUAAGUGGAUAUAAUGAUAAAUUAAUGUUUUUAUGUCUUAAUUCAGAUGAGAGAUGUGAACAGCUUAAAAAGAGUUAUGGAGAUAUUUGCAAACCUUUAGGGAGGGAACUUGAAGAUAAUGAAUUAGUGGAAAAAUGUCAAGAAUAUCUUGAAAAGUGUUAUUUUUAUGGAUCAAGUUGUAAGGAUACAAAAUGUGAUAAAGUCAAGAAUAAAUGUAAGGGAAAAGGAAUUGAAUAUGAAGGACCAAAAUUAGAUUUUAGUCCGGUUGAAGAAAAACCAGGAUUUCUGCAAAAGAUUGAAAUAGAAAAUCUUUAUAAAAGACUGGAAGCUAAGGGAAUUAUUGAUGGAGAAUCAAAAGAUAAGACGUUGCAAGAUCUAAUAUUAUUGUUGAUCAAAGGAAGGAAUGAAAAUACUCCAAAAGAAAAAUGCAAAGGAGCGUUAAAAGGUUGUGAAUCUUUUAAACACCUAGAUUAUGAAUUAGAAGAAUUAUGUGGAGAUAAAAAUAAAAACAAUAAAUGCAAAGAAUUAGUAAAUGUAGAUGUGAGAUGUAUGAAUUUUAAAUUAGAACUUUACCUGAAAGGAUUGUCUACGGAAUUUGAAAAAAAUAAAGAAUCAGAUUAUUUUUCAUGGGGACAGGUAUCAAAAUUGGUUAGUAGGAAAGAUUGUGGAAAGUUUGAAUCAGAAUGUUUCCAUUUAGAAGGGGUAUGUACGAAUGGAAUUGGAAAAGCAUGUGAAAAUGUAAGAGUAGCAUGCUAUAAAAAGGGACAAGAUAGGAUGUUGAAUAGAUACUUUCAAGAAGGAUUGAAAGGGCUUAUUGGUAAUUUUGGAUUUAUUACUAGCAAUCUUGAAAAAUGUCAAAAAUCGGUAGUAGGUAAUUAUAGAAAACUUAAGGAGGAUAAAAGAUACUUUGCAAAGUGUCAUCAACCAAAUGAACUAUGCCUUGAACUUUUAGAUGAUAUUAGUGCUCAAUCGGAAGAAUUAGAAGUAGUUUUAAAUUCGAGAAGAGAUUUUCCAAGCAAGGAAGAUUGUGUUGAAUUGAAGAAAAAGUGCGAUGAUCUUAAAAGUUAUUCAUAUUUGAAUCAUAAGAAAUGUGAUACACUGAAUAGACGAUGUGAAUAUUUAAAAGUUACAGAAGAAUUGAGAAAAAGAUUAUUAAAAAGAGGAGAUGAUGCAUUGAGAACUCAAGGAAAUUGUACGGCAGUAUUAAAGAAAGAAUGUGAGGAAUUAUCUAGAAGAGGAAAAGAAGAUUUUAGUGUUUCAUGUGCUUUACGAGAAGAAACAUGUAGUUUUAUGGUAAAACAAACAGGAAAUGAGUGUCUUUUUUUAAAAAAUAACAUGGACAAUGAAAAAAUUCUAAGUAAAAUUGAAAAAGAAAAAUCAAAUGAAAGAUUGGUUGAAAAGAUCUGCACGUUAUUUGAUCAAUAUUGUCAUCAAUAUAUGGAAAAUUGUCCAAAUAGGUUGAAAAAAGGAGACACUGGGAAUGAAAAAGGAGUCUGUUUGCAAGUGAAAGAGAAAUGCAAGCCAUUCUUGGAAAAGUUAAAAUUGGAGGAUGAGUUGACGCAUGAAUUGAAAGGUAAUUUAGGUAAAGAUGAUGAAUGUAGAAAAGCAUUGGGAAACUACUGUACUAAGGUGGAAAAAGCAAGGAAUCAAACACUGAAUACUCUAUGUAAAAAUACUAAGAAAGAAGAACUUUGCAAGAAGUUGGUUGAAAAAGUAAAAGGAAAAUGUCCAACCUUAAAAAAUGAACUGAAUAAAGAGAAAGAUGAAUUAAAGAAGAAGAAAGAUGAAUACGAAAAGGCGAAACAGGAAGCAGAAAAAUUUGCGAAGGAAGCUAAGUUACCAUUAAGACCUGAGCAAGCUAAUGUUAGACUUGUUCGGAAAACAUUUGUAAAUGGAGGGGUAUCAGAAGCAGAAAAAAAGGCAUUUGAUAGAAUGGCAAGAGCAUUGGAAUUGUAUCUAGAAUUGAAAGAGAAAUGCAAAGCUUUGAAAGUAGACUGCGGUUUUAGAAAGGAUUGCCCGGAGGGUGAACCUAUCUGUAAAGAAAUAGACAAGUUGUGUGAAGGAAUACAAGCAUUAAAAGUUACACCGCAACAUACGGUGACAUUAACGACGACGAAGUUGAUAAAUGGAGGAAAUGUAAUAGAACAAUGUACAUUUUCUCAAACAACAGGUAUGUUGACAAGUACAUUUACACUAACAUCUACAGUGACAUUGACGUCGACGCAAAAAUGCAAACCUAUGAGAUGUACAACUGAUUCAAAUAAAGAAACAGAAACACAAAAAGAGGAGGAAGAGGAAGAAGUGAAACCGAAUGAAGGAAUGAAAAUAAUAGUUCCGGAAAUGAUAAAAAUCAUGUUGUUGGGAGUGAUUGUUAUGGGAAUGUUGUAAAAAGAAUGAAAAAAGAGAUUAGAAUGAAAAAGUGCAUAUAUACACUUUUUAUAUAUAAUAUAGAAGAUAUAGAAGAAUGAUCUAUAAAUUUUUAAUAAAGAAUG